CUCGAUUCAUUCGUCAUGGAAUCCUUAAAAUUUCUUGAUAAAAUUUAAUUUUGUGCCUGCAAAAUAAAGUAUCAUUAUUCGGAAAGUGCAUAAUUUCAUUCGCAAAGCGAUCAUUUCCCCAAAAAUUCGGCAAUGGCUCGUCAGUUGAAUCCGAAUCAACAGAAGAUUUCCGAAAAACUUAUCAUUCUAAAUGAUCGAGGAGUGGGUAUUUUGACUCGAAUAUAUAACAUAAAGAAAGCCUGCGGUGACACGAAAUCGAAACCGGGAUUCUUGUCGGAGAAAUCCCUGGAAUCGUCAAUCAAAUUCAUCGUCAAACGAUUUCCCAACAUCGAUGUUAAAGGCUUAGCCGCAAUCACCAACAUCAAAACGGAGAUUAUCAAAUCGCUUUCUCUGUAUUAUUAUACAUUUGUGGAUUUACUGGAUUUUAAGGACAAUGUGUGCGAAAUCCUUACCACGAUGGAUGCUUUGCAGAUUCAUCUGGAUAUUACCCUCAACUUCGAGCUCAGUAAAAACUACCUAGAUCUUGUGACAACCUACGUUUCGCUGAUGAUCCUUCUGUCUAGAGUUGAAGAUCGUAAAGCAGUUCUGGGCCUGUUCAAUGCUGCCUACGAAAUGCAACACCAACAGAGCGAUCAAAGCUUUCCUCGGCUGGGUCAGAUGAUUAUUGAUUACGAUGUUCCGGUGAAAAAAUUGGCUGAUGAGUUUAUUCCACAUCAACGAUUGCUGUCCGGUGCGAUAACUUCUCUGACGAAAGUAUAUCCAAUGCGAAACCUAAGCGCUGAAAAAUGGCGGGAGCUGCAACUUCUCAGUCUGGUUGGCACCCCAGCAACCCUAUUGAAAGCGGCCAAGACCGACACCAUGUCGUGUGAGUACGUUUCUCUGGAAACGCUCGAUCGUUGGGUUAUUUUUGGGCUAAUGCUGAACCAUCAGUUACUUGGACACCAGGAUCUUAUAACUUCAAUGUGGAUAUCAGCCCUCGAUUCCAGUUGGGUAGUGGCCCUGUUUCGCGAUGAAGUAAUCUACAUCCACCAAUAUAUUCAAAACACCUUUGAAGGGAUGAAAGGAUACGGAAAACGUAUAUCCGAAGUGAAAGAAUGCUACAACCAAGCCGUUCAAAAGGCUGGUCUACUUCAUCGGGAAAGACGAAAGUUUCUGCGGACAGCUCUCAAAGAACUAGCUCUUAUUAUGACUGACCAACCGGGUUUGUUGGGUCCCAAAGCGCUGUUGAUUUUUAUUGGAUUGUGUUACGCCAGAGAUGAGAUUCUAUGGUUGCUUCGUCAUAAUGACAAUCCUCCGGUAGUGAAGAGCAAAGGGAAAUCCACAGAAGACCUAGUGGAUCGACAAUUGCCAGAGUUACUGUUCCACAUGGAGGAGCUACGGGCCCUGGUGAGAAAAUACAGUCAGGUAAUGCAGCGGUAUUAUGUGCAGUAUUUAUCGGGAUAUGAUGCUAUUGAUUUGAAUUUCAAGAUGCAACAAUUGCAGGUUUGCCCGGAAGACGAAAGCAUCAUUCUAUCUGCCUUGUACAACACAGCAGCAUCACUGACCGUCAAACAAGUAGAGGACAAUGAAACGUUUGAUUUCCGUGCUUUUCGCAUCGAUUGGUUCCGAUUGCAAACGUUCAUGAGCGCCAAAUCCGCCAUUCGUAUUGUUGACUAUCCAGAUCUAGCCCGACUGUUGGACUCGAUGGUGUUCCAUACUAAAAUGGUAGACAACCUGGACGAGAUCCUAGUGGAAACCUCGGAUCUAUCGAUAUUCUGUUUCUACAAUAAAAUGUUUGAAGAUCAGUUUCAUAUGUGCUUGGAGUUUCCGGCUCAGAAUCGAUACAUCAUAGCGUUUCCAUUGAUUUGCAGUCAUUUUCAGAACUGUACCCAUGAGAUGUGUCCGGAAGAGCGCCACCACAUCAGGGAACGUUCGCUGUCGGUGGUGAACAUGUUUUUAGAUGAAAUGGCCAAAGAGGCAAAAAAUAUCAUCACAACAAUUUGCGAUGAGCAGUGUAUGAUGGCGGACGCGUUGCUUCCAAAGCAUUGUGCCAAAAUUCUAUCGGCAGCAGCUAACCGAAAGAAGAAAGACAAAAAUAAGAAACACAUGGAUGACAUCAAAAGACCAGGCGACGAAAGUUACCGAAAAACUCGUGAGGAAUUAACGACUAUGGACAAGUUGCACAUGGCACUGACGGAACUUUGCUAUGCCAUCAACUAUUGUCCCACCGUCAAUGUUUGGGAAUACGCAUUCGCUCCGCGGGAGUAUGUCUGUCAGCAUCUGGAAACACGUUUCUCGAGAGCCCUUGUUGGGAUGGUGAUGUACAAUCCGGACACCAUGGAAAUAGCGAAACCCUCGGAACUGUUAGCAUCCGUACGGGCCUACAUGAAUGUGCUGCAAACUGUUGAAAACUAUGUUCACAUCGACAUCACAAGAGUUUUCAACAAUUGUCUUCUGCAGCAAACACAGGCGCAGGAUAGCCACGGUGAAAAAACAAUUGCAGCCCAUUAUAACACCUGGUAUUCAGAUGUACUACUUCGCAAAGUGAGCGGUGGGAAUAUUGUUUUUUCGUUAAACCAAAAGGCCUUCGUAAGCAUAACACCAGAGGGAUGCAUUCCCUUCAAUCCGGAGGAGUUUUCCGACUUCAACGAGCUUCGUGCUUUGGCUGAACUUAUCGGUCCGUAUGGUAUCAAGCUCUUGAAUGAGUCUCUGAUGUGGCACAUCGCCAAUCAAGUGCAGGAGUUAAAGCGGAUGGUUGCCCUGAAUAAAGAGGUGUUGAUUAUAUUGCGAAGUAAUUUCGACAAGCCAGAAAUUAUGAAAGAACAAUUCAAACGACUUCAGCAAGUGGAUAACGUGUUACAACGAAUGACCAUCAUCGGAGUGAUACUGAGUUUUCGACAGUUGGCACAGGAGGCACUUGUUGACGUGCUUGAUCAGCGCAUUCCAUUUUUGCUCUCUUCCGUCAAGGAUUUCCAGGAACACGUUCCCGGUGGAGAUCCUCUUAAGACCGUUUCGGAGAUGGCCUCGGCUGCUGGGCUGAAAUGUCGAGUUGAUCCGGCACUGUCGAAUGCUCUCAAAGCCCAGAAACCCGAACUGGACGAAGGCGAACAUUUAAUUGUCUGUUUGCUUAUGGUGUUCGUUGCCGUUUCUAUCCCAAAGCUAGCCAAAAACGAAAACUCUUUCUAUCGAGCGUCGUUGGAGGCGCACACCAACAAUACGCACUGCAUGGCAGUUGCAAUAAACAAUAUUUUUGGUGCAAUGUUUACAAUCUGCGGGCAGAAUGAUAUCGAGGACCGAAUGAAAGAAUUUCUUGCGUUGGCCAGCUCUUCGUUGUUACGGCUUGGGCAAGAAUCCGACAAAGAAGCGAUAAAAAACCGCGAAUCCAUAUACCUCCUACUGGAUCAAAUCGUGCAGGAAUCACCGUUUCUGACAAUGGAUCUGCUCGAAUCGUGCUUUCCGUACGCACUUAUUCGAAAUGCGUAUCACGCUGUGUACAAACAAGAGCAGAUGCUGAUGCACUAAGCUAUAAAUCAAAUCACACAUUGGAAUGUUUCGUACAUGCGCUGACAAUUUCUAUGUUUCAUCGUACAACUAAUCUAUCAUCGACUGUACUGUACAGUAAAGUGUGUAUUGUGCAACAGAACUAGGAUAAUAAAAUAACUAGGAUCCUGCUCCGGUUUAUUCCUAACCAUUCUAACGUUAGUAUAAAUAUCUAGCAUUUAUUGGAUACAUUAAUUUCUUGUAAGCUACGAAUUUAUACAAAUCGUAGAAUUAUUUCAAACUUCCUGCAUUUCUUGCUCUUGUAUCCAAACAGCGUAUAUAUUAUCUGAUAAAGCACAACAUUGAUGCUCAGAACAUUCGUUUGUAAUUAACAAAUAAAUUAGUCUGAUAAUAAUUUGCAAGCUACGAAAAUUAUAUAUUUUAGAAUAAUCUCUUACAAAUGAUAAAAGCUUUGAAUAAUUGAAAUACACCAAUGAUAUUCGAAGCGAUACGUCACGUCAUUCAUAAACGGCAAUAUUUCGAAGAAGUAUGAAAAUAAACACCAUGUAAUGAA